AUAUAUAUGCCUUACCUCUUACAAAUCGGUUAAAUCUGCAACUACUCCAGGAUCUGGUCUGGGUUGUUUAAAACUCUUCUCUGAGGAGAAAGUUCCAAGAUGCAGGAAAUAGUACUUAGCUUUUCAAAAUGACCCAUUCAGACUAGCCGACUUCUUUUGUAAGCGGAACCUUUUCUCCAACGUAUCAACUGUGGCUCAACUCUAAAUAUGAGAGAACACACAUACACAUGAGCAAAAUUGCCCUGGAAGCUCGGCUCAGCGGCUGUUUGAAUUACUUCCCGUGGACAUAAACAGCCCGGCAGAUGACAGCAGCAAUUAGAGCCAUCCCGUGAUCGCGGUCCGGGGAACAAGACACAAACAAGAGAACUGGUAAGCACGACCAAAAGGAGCUGAAUGUCGCCUCUGCUGGCUAGCCUGAGUGACUGCUGCCUCUGAGGCGUCUAGCUCCCCUUUGUUUAGUCUGGUUCCUAGAAAACAACAGCGAAAGUGGCCAGUGUGGAAUUCAUCUUGCUUCCAAACAGCAUCGAGUCACUCCCGGAUCUUUGUUUCGUUGCACCUCAGAUCAUCUGAAUAGCCCAAGCUUGUCAGGCUCAGGUAAUCAAGUCUCCGAUUUUCUCUAAGCUACUCAGUGGUUUCUGGGCGGAGUUUUUCCUAUUGUAGCAACUUCCUACACUGUUUAUCACAGGCAAGCUUCCUGGGCUUCCCCACAAGCUGCUCUGGUGAGGCAAAAAGCCAGUAUGCUCUAGGAGUCUUUAUCACCUCGUCUACCUAAUUCUAACAGUCUCCGUUAAAGGAAACACUUUGGGCAUUCCAUUUAGCAAGCCUCGGCUGAAUCGGAAGUGGUUUGUGGCUCAGGUGGCAGUCAAAACCAGAACAGUUUUAGAGCUCAGAGCCGUGGUCACACAGCUGCUGCUAGGGAAUUAAUUGCCCCCAUCACCUCAGCCUGUUGACAUGUUUGUGGGGGCAUUUUCUUGAUUAAUGACCAAUGUGGGUGGUGUAACCUCUGAUCAGGUGGUCCUAUAGAAGGAAACCAAACUGAACAGGCUAUGGGGGAAGUCAGUCAACAUUGUCCUCUAUGGUCUCUGAUUCAGUUCCUGCCUUGAUUUCCACUUUGGCUUCCCUUGAUGCUGGAGUAUAUAACUAGCAAUCAAAUAAGCCCUUUCUCUCCAACAUGCUUUUAAUCAGUGCCUUACCACAGCAACAGAGGAAACUCGGACUGUUGUCUAGAGACAGAAACUCGGAAAUGACGCAUAGUGACGGUGUGCUUGCUUCCUUAAAGCUUAGCCUCUCAGUCAGUCGGCUGAAACUGGCUGAAGUUUAGUUGCAGCGGUUGGCUGAGACUCAAUGCUCUGUGACAAGAGUACAUUCAUAAACUUUCCAUAGUUAUGAGUUAACUUUGGUUGUGGCUUAUUACUUGAGAACAGAGGCACCCCAAGACCAAACAGAGUUUUAACAUCUCCCCACUUCCCAAGUUUGGCGGCCAUCUUGCUCAGAAUGGAACCUGAAGUCUUUACAAGGGUCCCUAAGGUCCUACAUGACUCGCACCCCCCCCCCCUCCAUUUCCCAUUUCUCUCCCUCACUGGUCUGUAAGCUCUUCCUCGAUUAUACCAGGACCGUUUGGCCUCAGGCCCUUUGUACCCACAGCUCCUACUGAGGUGUCUGUGUAGUGUGCUUCUGAGCCUUCCCCCAGACUUUGCUCAAAUGUCUUUGGAACAAAGACCACCUAUCAUCCCAUGGAAAGUCUCCAUUCUGGUGUGUGUGUGUAUGUGUAGGCCAGUGGAUAACCUCAAGUAUCAUUCUUUAGGCACUGACCACCUCUCAUUGGCUUAGAACCUACCAAGUAGAGCCAGGAGACCUCCGCCAAGUCUCUCUUUUUAGUGGUUUCUAAGAUUGAAUUCAGGCCCCAUGCUCACAGGGCCAACACUUUAAUGACUGCCUGUGUCUCUGGGACUCCCAUUCCAGGACUCUAACCCGCCAGGGCUCUCCAGCCCCACAUCUUCCCUGUGGGUUUUUCACCAUAAGACUCACUACAUGAUGGGGCUGCUUCUCUUCCCUGUAUGGCUUCAGUCAGAACAAAGGUGGGCUCUUGAUACAGCCCAGUUUCCAAAGCACAGCAAGCUACUUUCCCACUUUAUCCCCUGGUUUCUGUAGCUGUAAUGUGGGGUGAAAAGCAGUAGCUAUUGCAGGAUUGGCUUCCCUGACUUGGUAUUUGUGACGUGCUCAGAACAGUUCCUGAAGACCCAUGAGCGAUGCAAAUGUUUUCUGUUAUUUGCAUAAUUGCCACCAUCACCACCAGCAGCACCACCAGAAUCCUCGUUACUAUUAUCUGUUCAGGUAGCAAAAUAACACACCUGAGGACACAUCAGAAGCAGCAGGAUAUAUCGAGGCACUAGAAGACAUCACCUAUGAAGCCCAUAGGAAUAGGGGCUGUGAGGGACUGCUUUAUAUCUGGAAAUCUUAUUAUAUACACUUUUGUAAAAUGUACUAAUGGGACUAGAACUCAGCAGGUAAAUAUGCUUGCCAGACAGGCCUGGCAACCUGAGUUUGAACUCUGGAAGUUUGUACAGGCGGAAGCAGAGAACUGACACCCAAAGUUGUCUUCGACCUCCAUCAGCCUGCCCAGACACACACUGCAUGUACAUGCACACAAUAUUCCUCCUCUGCCUCAAGGAACAAGCUCCGGGUUUGUGUAGUAAGCUGCUGUAUUCCAAGCACUUAACAGUCAUCACGGGCAACAGACUCUCUGCCUGCUAUGUAUUAGCUAAGUGAUGGCUUGAGCAUGCUUGGCUCAGGGAGUGGCACUAUUAGGAGGUGUGGCCUUGUUGAAGUAGGUGUGUCACUGUGGGCAUGGGCUUUAAGACUCUCCUCCUAGUUGCCGGGAAGCCAGUCUUCCACUAGCAGCCUUCAGAGGAAGAUGUAGAACUCUCAGCUCUGCCUGCACCAUGCCUCCCUGGAUGCUGCCAUGCUCCCACCUUGAUGAUAAUGGACUGAACCUCUGAACCUGUAAGGCAGCCUCAAUUAAAUGCUGUCCUUUAUAAGACUUGCCUUGGUCAUGGUGUCUGUUUACAGCGGUAAAACCCUCACUAAGCCAAGAUGACUAGCUAGUGGAUUAUGCGGUCAUUUCCUUGUUUUCUUCCAAGGGGACUUGUGAUAACGGAGAAGACACAGAGUGAUGGGUGAAGUUGGUUCCUAUAACCUGAAAGGUGAGGGCAGUGAUGCCUACUAAAUCUGUCCUCCAAGGUCAGGGGAACAGCCCUUGUCUUCCUCCAGGAGGAGAAGAUUGCUCAGGCUGUCCCUGGACUGACCCUGCACUCAAUGCUUUCUGUUCUUCAUUUUCUCACUCCUUUCUUGGCUCCGCCUUGAUGGCUCAGGGACACCGCCAUAAGGAAAUGUUUCCUCUAAGGAGUGUUCUUAAGGGGUUGUUGCUGUCAUAGGAAUGUUUGCUGAGAGGAGGAGGGUAAGGUACACUGGGGAGAGCUGGCUGAGGAGUCGUUCCUUGUCUAAUCUCUCUUCCCUUCUUCCCUCCCCUCCCCUCCCCUCCCCUCCCCUCCCCUUCCCUUCCCUUCCCUUCCCUUCCCUUCCCUUCCCUUCCCUACCCUUCCUCUCUCUCUCUCUCUCUCUCUCUCUCUCUCUCUCUCUCUCUCUCUCUCUCUCCCCCCCAUCCUGGCUGGGUGGGGGUGGCUGGGAGGAUUGAGGAGCUGGGACUGAUAGCCACUGGGCAGCAGCCCCAUGCUUGCCUGCUUGAAAGCCUUUCCUCCUAAGGUGCCUUGAGGGCUCCUACACUGUUUAUUUGCAUCCUCUGUUUCUGGGGCAGCUCUGCUAUGAGGAAGGAGAAAACGGAAAGUGAAAGUAGGCUCGUUUGCUGCGGGGGGGCUCCAUUCUGCACUGGGCUUUUCCUCCCAGCAUGCCCUGAUUUUCUUCCCUCCUCUGCUCCUUACAAUACACCAACCCACUUUACAGCCUGUGGCAGUUAGGACCCAUUACGAAAACGCUUCGCUUCGGUGCUUGGUAUUCAGAAUAUACCGCAGAUGCAGAUCUCAAAGGAGGGGGUUUUGUACAUUUUGUAGCAGACACAGAUAAUUAGAUGUUCAGGCUGAUGAAUGAACAGGUAAACCUCGGGCUGAGGGAGGGCCCUGGGCUAAAUGACCCUCCUGGUAGGGUACAUGGAUGAGUGGGUGUGGGGGGAGUAUUUGCUACACUCCCCAGGACACCGUCUGCAAUGGUCCUGUUUAUUGUUGUCUUCUGUUGAGGAAACAAAAUUGUGAGUCCGUGGUUUAAGAAUGUGCAACCAGGAAGUGGCAGUCAAAAGUUGCAGACCCAGAAACUCAAAGCUGAGUUCAUACUUUUCACAUUUUUUUCAACCGACACUGCUUCAAUAAAAACAGGCAGGGGUCCGGAGAGGAGGAGCAGUGAGUGUGGGGUGACCAGUCUCACCUAGGACAAAGAAAGCCAGAUGGACAAAGUCAAACAAAUCCACUUGUCUUCCUAAAGGAGCUUGCACUCCCCACUACCCCCAGAAGCUGCCAGUUACUCGAUGAGGUGUCAGAAGACAGAAUAUAUCAGCCCAAUUCCUACCGCAAGACUCUCUUUGUGUCCCCAAGAAACGCACGUGUUCAUUGCUCAAGGAAAAGGCAUUGACUAUCAUGGAGACCACGGAUCAUAGCACACCUCAGUGUGGAUCCGCAUCAGCAGGUGGUCAGAAGACCGUUGGCAAAGAUGAUUAUUUGUUGAUAGAAGCUGUUAACAAGGGAGAUGCUGACAGGGUCCAGCAAUUGUUAGAACAAGGGGCUGAUGCCAAUGUCUGUGAAGAAUCUGGGGGCUGGACACCUUUGCACAACGCGGUGCAGUCUGGCAGGGUAGAUAUUGUGAAUCUCCUGCUUCGUUAUGGUGCUGACCCUCAUCGGAGGAAGAAGAAUGGGGCCACCCCCUUCAUCAUUGCUGGGAUCUGUGGAGAUGUGAGUCUGCUCCAGAUUUUCCUCUCUCGAGGUGCAAACAUCAAUGAGCGUGACAUGCACGGAUUCACGGCUUUCAUGGAAGCUGCUGAGUAUGGUAACGUUGAAGCCCUAAAAUUCCUUUUUGCUGAAGGGGCCGAUGUGAAUUUGAGACGGGAGACAACGGAGGACAGAAGGCGACUGAAGCAAGGAGGGGCCACGGCUCUCAUGAGCGCUGCGGAGAAUGGCCACCCGGAAGUCGUGAGAAUUCUCCUCGAUGAAAUGAAGGCAGAAGCCGAUGCUCGGGACAAUAUGGGCAGAAAUGCCUUAAUCCGUUCUCUGCUGAACCGCGAUUGUGAAAAUGUUGAAAUUCAUGUGGAGGAGAUCACUUCAGUUCUGAUUCAAUAUGGCGCUGAUAUUAAUGUGAGAGGGGAAGGUGAGAAGACACCUCUGAUCUCAGCAGUGGAGAGGAAGCACACAGGUUUGGUGCAGAUGCUCCUGAGUCAGGAGGGCAUAAAGGUGAAUGACAGAGAUAGCGAGGGCAAGACGGCGCUGCAAAUUGCUGUUGAACUCAAACUGAAGGAAAUCGUCCGGUUGCUUCUUGAAAAGGGAGCCGAUACCAAGUGUGGCGAUCUUGUUUGGAUAGCCAAGAGGAAUUAUGACCAUGGUCUAGUAAAACUUCUUCUCUCGUAUGAAGCUAAUCACGACACCAACCCUCCUGCUAAAGACUGGUUGCCUCACAGUGCACGCUGGGGGGAGGACUUGAAAAGACUCCACAGUGUGUCUCGACCCAUGAUUGGCAAACUCAAGAUCUUCAUGAAUGAUGCCUAUAAAAUUGCCAGCACUUCUGAAGGGGGCAUCUACCUAGGGAUCUAUGACAAUCGAGAGGUGGCUGUGAAGGUCUUCUGUGAGAAUAGCUCACGUGGACGUAAGGAAGUCGCUUGUCUGCGGGACUGUGGAGACCACAGUAACUUACUGACUUUCUAUGGAAGCGAGGAGCACAAGGGCAAUUUAUAUGUGUGUGUGUCCCUGUGUGAGUCGACAUUGGAAAAGUUCCUGAAUGUGCCCAGAGAGGAACCUAUGGAGAAAGGGGAAGACAAGUUUGCCCUCAGUGUCCUAUUGUCUAUAUUUAAGGGUGUUCAAAAACUACACAUGCAUGGAUAUUCCCAUCAGAACCUGCAACCGCCAAACAUCUUAAUAGAUUCUGAGAAAGCUGUCCGGCUGGCAGAUUUUGAUGAGAGCAUCCAGUGGAUGAGAGAGUCACAGACGGUCCAGAGAGACUUGGAGGACCUUGGACGACUGGUUCUCUAUGUGGUAAACAAAGGUGAGAUCCCCUUUGAGACACUGAAGGGUCAGAAUGAUGAAGAAUUGCUUACGAUCGCUCCAAAUGAGGAGACUAAGGACCUCGUUCAUUGCCUGUUUUCUCCUGGAGAAAAUGUAAAGAACUGUCUGAUGGACCUGCUUGGCCAUCCUUUCUUUUGGACUUGGGAGAACCGCUAUAGAACGCUUCGGGAUGUGGGAAAUGAAUCUGACAUCAAAGUACGAAAUAAUAAAAGUAAACUUCUCAAGCUACUGCAGCCUCAGACACACGCGCCUUCCAGAAGCUUUGAUCGGUGGACGUCUAAGAUCGACAAACGUGUCAUGUCUGACAUGAAUGGUUUCUAUAAAUCCCGAAAGGGUUAUCGGGAUACUGUAGGUGAUCUGCUGAAGUUUAUUCGGAAUAUAGGAGAACACAUCAAUGAGGAAAAAAACAGGCAAAUGAAGGAGAUACUUGGAGACCCUUCUCGUUAUUUUCAGGAGACAUUUCCAGAUCUUGUAAUCUAUAUCUACAAGAAACUAAAGGAAACGGAAUUCAGAAAACACUUUCCUCAGCCUCCACCAAGCCUCAGCGUGCCAGAGGCAGCGGGACCAGGGGGUGUACAGAGCUGAGUCUUGAAAGUUCAUGGGACCAUUUCUUCCAGUCAGUAUAGUUCUUGGCAAGUUUCACAUUUCUGGUCUCUUAAGCAGCCUGGUUGCUGUGAGCACUUAGAUAGCCAGUAUGUUGGUUUCUGAUGCAGUAAGUUCUACACAUUUCCAUGAUCACAAAAGCAGUGUACUACAAAGCUAUACUGCCCCAUUUUAGUGGAUGGAAUGGGGAGCGCCUUCUGUUAAGAUUUUGUUUAAAAAAAAUUACGUGUGUGUGUGUGUGUGUGUGUGUGUGUGCAUGAGAGAGAGAGAGAGGGGUGGGGGGAGAGGCAGACAGACAGACAGGAGAGAGGGGAGAGACUGACUGACUGACUAAUUGUGGAGUUGGUUUUCUCUUUCUACCUCUCUGUGGGUUCUGGGGAUUGAACUUAUGCUGUGAGGCUUAUGUGGUAAGCAUUUCUACUGAGUCAUGCCCAGCAGCAUGAUUCCCAUUUUCCCAUGAUUCCCGAGAUGUAUAUCAAGACUCCUAUGGCUGUAAGUUUUAUAUUUAUCUCAUUUAAUCCUUCCAGUGAGCUUACAGAACAGAAUUCAUUGUCUCCCUUGAAGAACUGAGGCUCAGAGAAUCUGAGUGACUUGCCCAGGAUCACAAAGCACUGUUUAAAAAAAAAAAAAAAAAGACACGAUUUUAUUGUCACCUCUCACAUGGGGGCUUCAUCCAGCAUCUCUUCUGGAUGAAAUUCAGGAAUAGGCCAACAUAUGCCAAAAGGACUUCGUAUUCGCUGGGUACUGUAUAUGUCUAGGCACCAUCUAAAUGAAUUCCAUUCCUUCUGCGAGCAUCUGUACUGGUGUCUCAUGACUUCGAGGUUAUAGUUCUCACUUGAAGUCGUUUAUCAGUGUCACGGCUGGGGGCGGGGAGAUGGCACUACUGGCAUUGAGUAAGGAGGAACCAGCGAUGCCAGCAAACAUUCCAGUGAUGCAUGAGGCAGCUUCCCACAAUGCCACACUAGGCACACUACGUAUCAGGGGUGCUGAGGCAGAGAAAGACUGUUCUGAGCUGGCCCUGGACCCAGGACUGUGGAGUGCACUGAACGCCCCCAGAAGAAUGAUGUGGGUGUCUUUUCUUGAUGCUGGAUCUGAAAUGAAGCAACUCCUUCUGGUGUCCACACAGGAGUCCUCACUUUCCCUCACUUCCCAUGCUCCACGGGGCAAUGAUCCAACUGGGAUACUCUCUCUAGUUCUCUGACACACGUCACCUCGGUGCAAACUUUAUCCUUUUGAGCUCCAGCCCUCCUCCAAUCAAAGCCCUAUCCUUAGGGCCUUUGUAUCUUUACUGCUUAGUAAAAACUUUGCUCUGUGACAAUGCUUGAUAAGUUUCCACUGAAUAAUCAAUGGACAAUCUUUGCACAUGUUCGACGACGAUGAUAAACCUUUAGUAUUUACACAUUAUAUGUACAUGUUUUUAAAUUUAAUUUUGUUUUGAGAACAGUGCUGUAAGGCAAGCAUGUGAUCUUUAUUUUGGCAAUGAGGAAAGUAAGGCUAGAAAUAUUUCUGUUUACUCUAGGCACAUGGCAUGGAGAUUCACUACCUUGAUUUGGACAGACUUUCUGGUGUGAUAUCUGAUGUUCUUUUCACCUCUCAUUGUGGUGACCAAGAUGGCGCUUUAGAAUGGGAAUUAAAUGCUAUCUUAGACUCCUUCCCAAAAGGAGGCAUCUUGAAGCGAAUAGGUGCCUGUCACUGUAAGGAGUUAAGGCACGCUGGAAGAAACAGAGUAACGGCUUAAAGGAUGGCAUAUUUAAAAUUUAAAAUUAAAUGUUUUAAAAUUGAGUUUUGUUGUCUGACUUGGAUAUGUCAAUCAAAAUGUCCAUGUGUGAAGAAUACUCAAUAAAGAUGGGAAUCAUUUCAUUAA